ACAUUAGUAUACAUUUGUUUUAUAAGCAGGAACCACUACUACAACUACGCCGCUCUACCCAUAAGCACUGAACUGAAUACUCUUCCUAUAUAUGAAGGCAGUGUCUCACAAGUGGACACGCAUGCGAAACGCGGCACCUGCCCCCAACACACCAACGGACGGCUGAUUUGACGCAGCGAUAAAAAACAUAAAAUAAAAAAAGAAAGAAAGGCAAGCAAAAACAAAAACAAAAAAAGGAAAGCGAAGUAAACGCUCGAGACGCUUGUGAUAAGCAAAUUGACGCGACGUACGCGUCAAUCUAUCAAUCUGCUGAUUUGGAGACACGUUAGCCAAUGAACAGGCAGUUGAGCGCGUACGGCAAAGCCUAGCAGAUCGCAACGGGUUGACUGGAGAAAGUAGUCUUGUAGUCUUCCGAACAAACACGCGUGUGGUCUAAACGUAGUGUGGCGCGUGUAUGUAAAUGCAAAGUGUUUUGGGUGUGAAGCAAAAGGAUUGCAAUUAUUGCUAUCUGAUUUUUGUUUUCUUUUCUGAAAAUUGAUCAAUAAAAUCUCUAAAAAAAUGGAUCCCAAUACUACACACAGGGAUCUUUAUGAUUUACCGAAUGGCCAGCCAAACGCUCAGUCGCAUAUUGAUCUCGCCGCCGUUUAUGAGAAAAAUGAAGAAAAGGAAGAGUCCACUUUGGAUGGCAUACUUAUACGACUCGGACAAUUUGGUCCAUUUCAGUUGGUCAUAUUGCUACUGAUUUGCAUGGCAAUGUUGUUCAGCGCGAUAUUUUCAAUUACAUAUGUCUUUACGGCGAGUAGUGUAGUGCACAGAUGUAAAAUUCCAGAAUGCGAUAGCGCUUCAAGCGCAUACGAGGAGAGCUGGACAAAAUUUAGCAUUCCCAUGAAAAAUAAUGGUUUGGAUCAAUGUAAUCGUUUUGUGGGUAAUUACAGCCAUAAUCAAAUACCACAAAAUGCGUCACUCGGCCACUGUUAUGUACAUAAUUUUGAUAGCGAACAGAAGGAGAGAUGUUCAGACAACAAUUUCAUAUAUCGUGAUAAGGAAGUGACUAUAGCAAAUGAGUUCAACAUUUACUGCGAGGAUGAAUGGAAACUGGCGAUGGUGGGUACAAUAGGCAAUCUGGGACAAUUUGUUGGCAUACCCUUGGGUGGUUUUAUAUCAGAUCGCUAUGGACGACGCAAUGCGCUCGCUUAUGGUGGUUUCUUUAGCGCGCUCUUCGGCAUACUACGCUCGUUCGCGCCCAGCUACACAUCGUUUAUAAUUUUCGAAUUUCUCGAUAACCUGGCAUCGAGUCCUAUGUACUCUGUCUGCUUCAUUUUAGGCAUUGAAUUGGUCGGUCCGAAGCGUCGUGUAAUGGCCUGCAGUGUGAUCACCAUUUUCUACGCGAUCGGCGAGGUAGCGCUUGCGGUUGUAGCAAAAUAUUAUCAAAAUUGGCGCACCAUAUUGCGUAUUGUUUACAUACCGGCUGUGGUAUUUAUCACCUACAUUUGGAUAAUGCCGGAGAGCAUACGUUGGCUGCUGAGUCAGGCUAAAGAGGACGAUGCGAAGCAGCUAUUGCAACGUGCCGCGCGUGUGAAUAAACGCAAACUCUCCGAAAGUUCGCUGGAUAAAUUGAUUUUGGGGAAUCGCGUGAAAUUGGCCACGGCAACAGGUGGUCGUUUUCCGAUUAAAGAGUCUUUUAAGAAACUAACUUGGCGCAUUAUAAACUGUUCAUACUGUUGGAUUAUCGUUGUGCUCGUCUAUUAUGGCAUCAGUUUGAAUGCGGUACUUUUGGAUGGUGAUAAAUAUAAUAAUUUCAUUUAUAUUGCGCUUAUCGAGAUACCCGGCUUCUUUUUGCCACUCGCUAUCAUGCCACGCUUUGGCAGAAGAUACUCACUGUGCGGUACGAUGUUGUUGAGUGGUCUGUGUUGUUUGAUAACGACCUUUCUACCGUCCGAUCAAUUUGUAUGGCGUCUAAUAUUUUUCCUAAUUGGCAAGCUGAUGAUUACCGCAGCUUUUCAAGUAUUAUACUUUUUCACAUCGGAAAUCUUUCCGACAAACGUACGCAACAGUUUGCUGUCGUUCUGUUCGAUGGUGGGGCGUGUGGGCUCUAUGUUGGCACCGCAAACGCCGCUGUUGGCCAAGGUCCAUGUAAAUGCUCCCGCUAUAUUAUUUGCCAUUUGUGCUAUUACAAGUGGAAUUCUAUCGAUUUUCUUCCCAGAAACCACAGAUAUUAUAUUACCAACAACGGUUCACGAUGCGCACAUUAUAGGCGCAAAGGUGUCUAAAAAUAAAACUGAAGUAAACUCUAGUGUUAAUACAUGAAACUUUAAGCAUUUCUCUUUCAAUGCUCUUUUCUAAGCUGUAGCUUAAAAAUAUAGAUCAAGGAUUAAGAUGAAAAAAUGUAAUUUGUUUCAUUUCAUUUCAUAAUAUAGAUUAUAGGUCACCAUCGUUCAUCAGUCAACAAUGCUAUUUCUAAGUCGAUAACUUGUCAAUACCCGGGCCAUAUUCUGAAUCUUCGGGGUAUACAGAUUGAAUACAAAUAUUUUCAUAGUAAAAUGUUAUCAGCCGAUAUACGAUAUAAAAGAACACUAUUCUCUAAUAUGUAUCAAAUGAUAACAACAUCCGAAAAAAAUCUCUUGAAGUGUUAAUGUGACAGCUUAAAAUACUUGGGUCCAUUCGUUUGGUGAAAAAUUCUUGAUCAUGAAGCUUGUGUCUAGGCUAGAUGGCAAUAAAUAAGGUAAAAUAACUGACGAAUAGACCUUAGGAUUUCUGCAAUUGCCGAGUUUGGUAGAUUACAAAAAGGCUAACCAUCUAAAAAUACGUAUAUUAAAGGGGAAUAACCUCACUCAAAUUGUUAACCGCAAAAUUAAUAAUAAAUACUUGCAAACAACUCGUACUAACCUAAGUCAACUUCUAAUUACUUUUAAUCAUUUGUAAUUAAAAUUCAAAGCUCCACUGAGUACAUGCUAUAGAACUCGGCACGUGUUCGGUUAAUAAAUGCUGGUAUUAACAGUAGACUUGUCACGAAUGUUACUAGCUGCUAUAAUAAAUUCUAUUCAUAACGGCUUUUUAUUGAAUACCUACAAGUAAGUAUACUUGAAUUACCAUUUUUCAAAUGAAAAAGUAAUGUUUUUUAAGUAAACAGUAAGUGCUAUGUACUAGUUUAUAUGCACUCCAGAUUUUCUAGUGAGUAAAUAUAGCUUAUUUAUUACUUUAUUUUAUAGCGAAUACUCACUAGUUUUUCUAGGGAUUUCAAUUAUUAUAUGGAAUUAAUUGUCACUUAUCGCAUAAUCAAAUUAAAUAUACAUUACAUGUGUGGAAAAUCAAAACCCCCGGAAUUGCAACAAUAUAUGUAAUUAAAAGCAAGCAAGAUUUGCGUUCGAUUCGCGUGUCGGUAGCUAUGGAAAUGAUUUGACUGGCUCUGUGAAGUAAUUACGUUUGUAACAAUUGAUUUUAAAUAUUUUUUUUUUUGCAUAUAUUUAUAAAUAUAUAGCAAUUAUUGAGAUUUUUGAUAAGAUUAGACCCGCUGAUGUUUGUAAUAAAAUUUUUUCUUUACGAUAAUCGUUUCAUUUUGCUUACAAAAGGGCUAUAGCAAUUAAAAAAUAAUUUUCUUCAUUAAUUAUGCCAUUCGCACUUUCCUGACAUGGGUCUUGGCAGAAUAUAAUAAUACAAAUAUGAAGGAUGAAAAUAUGUAUUGAACUAACAGGGUUUGAGUAUUAAAUUUCGAAAAAAAAAAUCUCCAUUCAAGACUCGAAGAAUUUACAUUACAAAUUAAUAUAGUUGAACUCGCUAAUAGAGAGCUUGUAGACAUCUCAGAACAGCUGUAUAAUCCUUUUUGUCUCUCUUACUCGUUUAUGGUAGUCUGUUCGACAUUUAUACCAGUUUUUUCGACAUUUAUACUAACUUGUUUGACAUUUACAACAGGUUGUCUGACAUUUAUACCAGUUUGUUCGAUCCACUACAAAUGAUAGACAUUUAUACAAUUUCAUUUGACAUUUAUACCAGUUUUUUCGAUAUUUAUACCAACUUGUUCGACAUUUACAACAGGUUGUCUGACAUCUAUACCAGUUUAUUUGACAUUUAUAUCAGUUUGUUCGACAUUUACAACAGGUUGUCCGACAUUUAUACCAAUUUGUUCGAACAACGACAAAUGAUGGGCAUUUAUACCAGUUUGUUUGACAUUUAUGGCAGUUCAUUUGACAUUUAUACCAGUUCAUUCGACAUUUAUAUCAGAUUAUUUGACAUUAGUUGACAUAGUAGUUUGUCUGACAUUUAUGCCAGUUCAUUUGACAUUUAUGCCAGUUCAUUUGACAUUUAUACCAGUUCAUUCGACAUUUGCAACAGGUUGCCCGACAUUUAUACCAGUUUAUUUGACAUUUAUACCAGUUUUUCUGACAUUUAUACCAGUUUGUUCGAUUCACGACAAAUGAGAGAAUUGCCCAAAUUUGGUGUGUCUUAGUUAAACCGUUUGAAAAGUGUGAUUAUUGAUUGUUACACAGAGUUCCCGCUGUUAUUUUCGAUUUUUUUUAACUUCUACAAUAAGGAAAUUUUUAACCCACUUGCACCGCCACUGAACAUGACAUUCCCAUAAAGCUAAAGUAAAGUAAUAAGGUAUGCAAAUAGAAUAUGUUAACAAUUCAUUAACAUACCUUAAAAGUAAUGCAAGAAAUUGUAAAUAUUUAACAAAAAUAUAACAGACAAAACGCUCAGCAAUGAGUAACAGUAAUGUAAUGUAGACCCACAUACUCUAUAUUAUAGAUAUACAUAAGUAUACGUGCUUAAAAUAUGACACGUUAUGAGCGCGCAAACGUAAACUUGUAAAAAUAUAUAUUCAAACUACCAACUCGACUUCAACUACAACGUACUCCCUCGAACUCAACGCGCUCAAGCGCCUGCUUUCUGUUUGCAUUCGCAUUCUACAACUGCCGGUGAAUAGAUCGUGCUGUACGCUAAGUUGUUAAAAGAAAUUCACUUUUUUUCUUUAGGAUUUUAUUGGAGUUUGUAGCUUUUAUGUAUUUAUGUAUGUAAUGUGCGCGAUAAUGCUGUAAUGUGUGCAGCGCUUGCGCAGCGUUAAUGAAAACGUGCGUGGCGAUUAAAAGCGACUUACACGCAAAUUCCUAACAGCAAACGGGUGCGAGUGCUGACAGUGAACGGUGCAUUGGAUUUCGUUUAUUGUAUUAAAGUGAAAUGUAAAUGAUUUUAUUGAAAAAAAUGUAUACGAGUGUGUGUCAGAGCACGUGCUAAUAGAAGUAAUUACAGUAAUUGGCUUGUAAUUGAAAUGCAAUCGUAGAUUAUUUAAUGAGCUCUAAUGCAUAGAAAAUGAGUGAAUUAUUUGGAAGUGUGAAAAGAGAAUGUGGAACAGUGAAAAUUGUGGAAAUUUAUUAAGGAAAUCAAUAGUUUACUACAAAAAAAAAAAUAAAAAAGUAAUGAUAAUUAAAAUGUAUACUUAAAAAGGUAGCUAAAAAAUUUAAAAAUUUUCAACUUUAAAAUUUUUAAAACAAAUGGCAUAAGACAACCAUAAAUAUCAAAAUAAAUUGCCCCAUGUUGCAUUGCUGAGACCCAGUUUUUCAACGCAUUAGCUUUCCGGCGUUUUCAAUUACUUUGCGCACUUAAAAUCUUAAAAUACGCAUGCAUGCCAUUAAUGAAAAUAUAUAUAAAAAUGAAAAAAAUAUAGAAAAUAAAAAUCAACAAAAAAGACAGACAACAAAAUAAAAACCAAUUAAAAAAAAUAAAACAAAAAAAAA